AACGGAUUCCGUAGCCAUUACGUUUUUCUUUUCUCCUAAUCUCUCUCUUCCUCCACCUUCCGACGGGGAGCAGAGGCGCCGCAUUAUCUGCAAUAACAUGGAUAACGAUAGGAAUCCAGUGAUUUAACUCCGCGUAGUUUAAGCCUUAAGGCCCUUUUCCCACAAAGCCUUAACUUUUGCUUUCCUUAGACUAUGACUUCCAUUUUUUCCCUCAUCUACAUAUACCACCACCCGCUUGUGUAAUCAUCCAUUCAAAGCACAUCUCUACUCUAAUCUGUACUCUUGCAUGCUACAAUGGAGAUUUGGACAAAACCCACAAGGAAGAAUUUGAGAUUUCCCAUCAUGGUGGUGGCAGCCGCUCUGGCUUCUGCUCCAGUGCUCAGCAAGCCACUGCCAUUUCUUACAGGGGAGAUUAUUCUCAGUCUGAGGGAUUCCUUAUCUGGAUGGAUGACUGCCCCAUAUCUGUUCUUCUUGGUCAAUUUCAUCAUCAUUGCCAUUCUUGUCAUGUCCAGACACCAGCAUAAGUUGGACUGGACUGAAUACCAUGCUCACCCACAUGACCAUUCCCAUGGCAGAGUCAAGGAAGUCAGCCUGGCCAGCGAAACUGGGGAUCAUUUUCAGGGGAGAGUGAAGGAAAUCAGCCUGACCAAAGAAAGCGGGGAUCAAUUUGAGGGGAGAGUGAAGGAAACCAGCCUGCCCAAUGAAGGAGGGGAUCAUUUCCAGGGGAGAGUGAAGGAAACCAGCCUGCCCAAUGAUGCAGGGGAUCAAUUCCAUGGCAGAGUCAAGGAAAUCAGCCUGCCCAAUGAAAGAGGAGAUCAUUUUCAGGGAAAAGUGAAGAAAAUCGGCCUGCCCAAUGAAAGAGUGGAUCAUUUUCAGGGGGCGGUGAAGAAAAUCAGCCUGCCCAAUGAAAGAGCGGAUGAUUUUGAGGGGAGAGUGAAUGAAAUCAGCCUACCCAGUGAAACAGGGGAGGAGGAGGAGGUGUGGGGGUGCUGUGUUUCCAUGGAGUCUGCUGAAAUGUGCACAAAAUCGCGCUUUUCUUUGCUGGCAGCAAGUACAGAGACAAGAAGAGAAUCUGCAGAGAAUUUGGGGUCUAGUGUACAUGGUGAGGACAAAAUGUCAUCUGUGGGGCGAUUUACAAGCCGUCGUAGCAAGGGGAAAAAGAUGGGGCAAUCGCUGAGGGUGAGCCAUGUUGAAAAAGAUCGGGAGGAGACAUUUGAAUCUGUGUGGAAGAAGAUCUCAGAAGGGCGGCGCCCCCCUCUGGCCAGGCACCUUCGCUCUGGCCCUCAAGGAAUCGGCAGUGGCAGACUACACAAGGCUGAGGGAACUGAAGAAUCUGCUCUGCAAAUGGUCUUGGCCCGAGGUCGAUCUGGGGGCUCUGCAGGUCAAGAUGAGCUGAAUAAGCGAGUUGAAGCCUUCAUUACCAAGUUCAAUCGGGAUAUUAAGUUGCAGAAGCAGGAUUCUCUUCUUGGUUAUGCGGACAUGAUUCACAGAGGCGCCAUGUAGAUAGAUUUUUGUGAUUAUCUACUGAUCUCAUGUAUUCAUACUUUUAUUCUUCAUUUCUGAAUUAAUUGUUGGGGCCAUGUCAAAUUCAUGAACAAGUUGAUUUACAGUUUACAGAGAUAUAUGAUGGCUGACGAUCUGGAAGCCGGGCAACUUCAUCAAAUCAUAGGAUAGAUUUGUGAUCCUUAUCUAAGAUAUGCUGUAUAAUUUCUUGCUGGGCGUUUUUCUGUGAAAUCCAUGGUUGAAUUGUAUACUGUAGUUUUUGUGGAGUGUUUCUUGUGGUUUUAUAUUUUUUUCUAAAACCAGGGAUUCUUAUUCUGAUAUUGGACUUCUGUAGAUAUUUGUGUCCAACAAUGUGUAAACUGCCUUGCGUUGGAAGUUUUACUUUGUCUGAAAAUUUGAGUCAUUUCACUAAAAAUUAGGCACAGGAAUUGGUUGCAAUUAGCCUUGUAUAUAUAAAAAAUAAGUAAAGGUUUGGAUUUCAGAUUUAGAUAUUUAGUCUUGUAUGAUUUGAUUUGUAAGGAAUCACAUCAAACAUAAAUAAAGGUUUGGAUUUCAGAUUUUCA